GCGUCCUCGCGCAUUCCGGACGUCGGCGUGGCAGCGAGGAUGUUACGUAGGAUUAUGUGGCGGCGAUCGGUCGGUGUCUAAAAAAAACGAAUGAGGAAUGUUUAAACACGUUUUUCUGACAGGACCCCCGGGUGUCGGCAAGACCACCUUGGUCCAGAAAGCCUGUGAGGCCCUGACCGCGACUGGUGUGAUCAUUGACGGGUUUUAUACGGAGGAGGUCAGGGAACAUGGCAGAAGAAUCGGGUUUGAUGUGGUCACCGUGUCGGGGAAGAGAGGGACUCUCUCCAGAGUCGGGAGUUCGUCCAGUUCAUCCGCAGGAAGACAUGAACCCAGGGUGGGACAGUACAUGGUGGACUUGCCUGCUUUUGAAAGUGUGGCUCUUCCUCUUUUCCGAAAUAUGAGCUCUGGAUGCGACAUCAGUGGGAAGAUGGUGUUCGUCAUUGAUGAGAUUGGGAAGAUGGAGCUCUUCAGCCAGGCCUUCGUCCGAGCGGUGAGGCAGACCCUGGACGGCUCGGGCCACUGUGUCCUGGGCACCAUCCCCAUCCCGAAGGGCAAGCCACUGGGCCUCGUGGAGGAGGUGCGAGGCAGGACUGAUGUCAAGCUCUUCACUGUUACCCAGGGCAACCGAAACCACAUUUUAGCAGACAUUGUGGCAGCCCUGCAGGAAUGCGUCAAACAGGCGGCUUGAUCAAGAGGAAGAGCAACAGAGUCGCACUCUAUUCAGGAAGUGGCCCUGUGCCGGAUGGAGAUGAAUUAUUGAUUGCGUGAACUGUGGUGGAGCGGGAGCAAAUUUCCAGCUGGGCUGUUUUCCAAAGCGUCGAUUUCAAGGGUUAGUGCGGGUAAUCCAGCGGUCAGCAGCGGGAUUUCAUCAGUCCCCCCUGGAUGCCGGUCCUUGUUUCUUUGACUGCAGCAGGGAGAUGGAGGCUGGGGGUGGGAGUCCUCUGGCUCAGCCAACUGACCUUUCCUCCCCAUCGUCAGGCAGGCAUCUCGGCUGUAUUCAUGCAGCAAAAAAAUAAUUUGGUAUUUAAAAACACAAUACUGUCAACCCUCAGAUAUUUUAUUUAUGACUGGGUAUAAAUAAGAAAAGGUUCAUUUUAAAUAUGAAUGACCCUGGGUCAAUUUUGUUUUGGGCGGUAUGGUUAACAGAGAUGGUAAUUUUCCCUUCCCAGUGUUCAUUGUUAAUUCAGAUUGGUUAGGAAACCCGCCAGUUUCUGUUAUAAGUGUUACAAUAAAAAUGGUUGUAGCACUGUGCUUUUGUGUUUGUUACAUUUCUUAAUUAUUAUUUAUCAGACUGUUAAAUUUGAACUAAAACUGUCACUGAGACUUUGUAACAAAACACAACAAAUCAAGUGGAUUAAACGUGGUAGUUUUGUUGUACAUUGCUGUACGUUCCAGAUUAUAUAAAGCCGGAUAAUCUGACUGGAUAAAAAUCUGAGUUACAAAACAUCCUUCCAUUCUGCAUUCAUAAAACAUGUUCAUGAAGUUUAUUAUUUGUGUUUGCAUAGCCAGUACAUGCUGAUUGUGUAUUUGUGUGCGAAUUGCCCCAGUUGGUUGGGAAAGUGCCACCGGGUCAACACGGUGAAUACAAGCAGCCUUCAUAACCUCAUAAAUGAGAUCAAAUUUCAGGCCAGCAAACUGUGUUGCGCU